AUGGCUGCUCCUACCCGUAUCGAGACUCUGAGAUUCCUCUUUCCUGUGGGAAGCACGCCUGCUGUGUGCCUCACUCAAUCCCUGCCCCCUGACCAGGAUGCUGCUUUGUUGCUCCUUGGGUGCGGAGACGUCCGAAAUAUUCUGUACACAUCGUACGCAGAUUCAGGAAACGACCGCAAGCUCGAUAUAACCUGCUGCGAUAUCGAAGUUGAGAUCAUAGCUCGAAAUAUCCUAUUCUACACACUCCUUGUUGACGACACGGAGAGAAAGAACACGGACAAAAUCUGGAACCUUUAUUAUCAUUUCUCUAUUGACAGCGACUCUCUUCAUCUUCUCAGAGACCAGGCAGACCAGCUGCAAAAGCUUGCUAGUACGAUCGAAGAGUGGAAUGAUGGGAAAUAUGGCCAUCUGCUCCGCUUUUGUGACACAAACACCUUCUCCAAGGUCGUGGGUUUGUGGAAAUUUUAUUCCUUGCAGCCGUCUCACGGAGAAGCCUUUGAAGAACAGCAGGCACGCCUUGAACGGGGUAUCCAGAAGGCGAGAAAGAUAAAAGAGACGGUCGUAGGCAAUUCAUUCAUCUUCUCGGGAAUCAGGUCGGCAGCUCCUUGCGCCUCACACGCUCUCCAAGACCUUCCACAGUCCCAUAAAAUAUACUGGGACAAUGGAACAGCUACUCCAGGUCUUGCUCAGAGUACGGAGAGCCAACAGAUCAAUCCUAUGUUUGGAACCCUUGACGACAAUUUGGUUAUCCACUAUGGUGCCGAUCCGCGGCUGGGAUUUCAUCUGGCGACUACAUAUGCGCCUCUUGUUAAGCAUUCUCCCCUGGCUCCGAACGGGGCUGGGUCCGAAGAGCAAGUCGACAGCUUCCCGGGUGUCCAAGCCCAAUUCAAUGCAUACACCCAAGCAUUUCAGAGCUUCGCUGGGCGCCUGACUAUUCGAUUUGUGAAUUCGGACGCCCUGGCCCUCUGUCACACUUUGCAGCAUGUGAGGGAGCAUGGAAAAAGCAAGAAUGCCCGAUGGUAUUGUAGCCCUUACUCCUAUACGCCUCUUUUUCUAGAUAGCAACGACUACUCCCCACAAGGGUCAAAAUCAGAAGCACCUCUGUCCUUCGACAUCAUUGACACCUCGAACUUAAUGGACUAUGUUGGCUGCCUCAAUUUUCUGGCUGCCGCAAGCCCGCUGCUGAAUCCUAGCCCCAGCUCUACCCUGUUCACUGAAACUCUUGGUUUGCAAGAAAAGAGCGUCGAAAUGUCUGCAAGAAAGCUGCUCUACGACGACUUGCUGACAAUUGCUCUUUUCUUCGGUCUUAUUCCCUUGCAGUGCUGGACUGGAGUCUCUACAACUUCUAUCUUUGAUGAAGAGUUGGCAAAUAGCCUGCAUCUGUUGCAAGAAACCACAAGUUGCCAGUCCCGGUAUGUUUUCCAAUGGAAAAGCCUCGAUUUCACUUCACGGCGUCUUGUUUCUUUUGACCCGAUCGAGCUGGCGUCUCUACUCUACCGGGUCUACGUCAGUUUAUUUGACGAUGCAAGAUUGGAGCAAGUUUGGAAAAUGAAGGCGGAUGAUAUCUUGAGACUGUCCUACGCAACGUAUACCCGAACAAGCUUUGCUGCAAUCAUUGGCUUGAUCCGUCGUGAAAAGCUGGUGGAAUGGGAGACUUUCAUGCCUGAGCUUUACCGUCUGAUUCUGAAUGACUCGACUCUACACGCGGGCUCACAUUAUCUCCAGGAUUUGGGUGUGCAAUUGCACCUGCAGGGCUUAUACAAUGUACCAACAUUGGAACUCAGUCCUCAGGAGCUUGAUGAAAUACAGGCAAAUCCACAACUUGGACAGUGGACGUCUGUCCCUGCCGUCGUAUGCCUAACCAUGGUAAUCCCACGCGAGAGAUUUGCCGAGGUGUUUGGCUCUCACAUGCUUGGAGGAUCAAGCAGUCUUGCCGUGCAAAUCAGGCUACAAUCCGCUCAGCAAAUGAUUCAGAAUUAUUUCCCAGCUCUUCAGCUGAGCUUUGGGAGAUUGAAAACUACCGGGAUCAGAUAUGCUGAGAGCUUCGCGGUUGAAGUUGAGGAAGAUCCUCGCCAGUGGGAUGCUGCAGCGCCGCUGAUUGCCUCCGUAAUGGUUCCUUCCUGGGAGGUGUUUUCCGGCGCGGGCCUGUCUAAAGAAGUCGUUUUUGCGUUGAAGGAGACUCCUGUCUCGAUGGCCAAGUUUUCCGGGAAACUUGGCAAGCCUCUAGAGAUUACCAAGUCGACUCUGGCCGGCGAUGAUGUGUUCAUCACCAAGCACCAGCCUAAUAUGCAUGGGGAUAUUUCGAGUUUUGGAAUGUUUGCCGUAGCUUCGCCAAUGCACCCAGCAGAGCUAUCAAACAAAUCUCCAUCAGACGUGUCUUCACGAAUUCACAUCGCGCUAGCCUCGGAGGAGAUGAAAUUCACUAGUAUCACUACGCAUCUCGAUAUCGCGCCCGGGCCCUUGCAAGACCGUCUUCGAGCGGGAGGCGCCAUUCAUGUGUCAUUGGUAUCACCUUUUGAGAUAGCAUUUGCUUUCGAUUCCGAUACACCCAUCCAGAACGUCCGACUUCCGGUACCGGUACGCACUACUGGAAGCAAGACGAAAGUGUCACGGAAAUCCUCAUAUAUUGAGCUGACUGCUCCCGUUGUUUCUCAAACGCUGCUUGCAUCCCGGCCGGACAGCUUCUUUUCGAUGUCACUGCAUCAGGGAGUACCUGUUAUUGGCAGUACGCACUAUGUCUCGCUCGACCGACUCCCAAUCAUUGCAGUAAAUAAUCAGGCCGGUGCAAAGCUUCUCUGGUUUAUUCCUCAUCUUUCCAGCAUGUUCUCCGCGCAGGAAAGGACCGAGCGGGGAAGACUGUUGCAUCAGAGUAGGGCGGAUACAGCAAUCCGGGUGAACUUCAAGGACUCACUUUUCAGCAUGUUCCUGCAAUUCACCGAGGAUCAGAAUGGCGUGCGCCAGUCGAUCUUUGCUGUGAAAGGCGCGACCACCAGCAGCGUUGAGAUUCUCAUUUUCGUCGCCGACCUUCGGCUCGACAUCUCCAAUCAGACCGUGGUCCUCGACGCGGCAGCUAUCCCCAUGUACGACGAACUGAAGCCACAGCUGAAAUUCUUGCUCAGCACCCUCGGGACUCUCGGCGUUGUGGCUAUCGUCGUGGACGACAAGGAGCUUCUGGCAUGGAAGCACGCCCUGCCUGUCUUCACUGAGCGGUGCCGGGACUGGGAACACAUCCCGUCGUGCUCAUAUGCGGUAUCUGGCAAGGUGCCCGUCUCUGUCGAGGAGGGUAAGGAAGUCCUGUGCGCGUGCGGACGAGGCAAGUUCCCAGACGGAUACGGAAUCCCACAGACCGGCGCAUGGGGGCUCGCCAUGCCGCAUGCGACGCGGAUGGCCAUCCCGCUUUGCUUCCCUGUGCCCUUUAUUGAUCGCCCAUUCAGCCUCCGUGAUUUGAAGACUGAACAGGGGGGUACUGAGGAAUCCUUAGCCCGCAGACUGGAAAUCGAGCUGCGACAGAGGAUCGAAGAGGAGGAGAAGAAAAGGGAGGGGUCCUGUCGUCGGUGCGGUCAAAAGGAGUCUGAGCGAGGAACUACGCUGUUUCGAUGCGGAGCAUGCAAAAGGGCAGAGUACUGCUCCAAGGACUGCCAGAAGAAGGACUGGACGGCGCACAAGGCACAGUGUAAAUUCUUCCAGCAGGGAUAG